AUGAAAGCGUUUUUGAUUAUCUUCAGUGUCUUGGCUUGCCUUUUUCUCCUGGUAUCCGCAGCGCCAGCCGAUCAACCCGGAGUACAUUUUUUGAGUUACAGCAAUGAUCAGGAUUUUGAGGCAAUACAAAAACAAAUCAUCGCUCAGUACGAAAAUCUUGGAGGCAGUUCGCAAUUCCAUGAAGUGCAAAGUGCCAGCGUGGUUCAUCCCAAUACAUUGAAAAUCAAUAUAUAAAAGUCAAACAAAUAAGCAAAGUUGUACGGUUGUGUUAUAGCUCUAUAAGAAUUUUUAUGUA